CGAGCCGCGUAUCACUUGUCCGACAGUCGCAUCUAAUCCUCUCAAGAUUAAUACGAGCAACAGCUCUUACGGGAAGUCAUCCAUUGAAAGGAAACAAAUAAGUCCUAAAGCGGCACAACAAUUUAGUUGGCUGGCGUUGAUUGCGUAAACCCAAACCGAACCAGGUUGAGUCAUGACUUUCCACUGGUUGUCGAAUUUUUGUUUCUUCCCAAAGCCAUGAGCGACUUGGAACGGGAAUUAGAACGUCUGCGCCCUUCCAAUUUCCCUGUCGACCGUCGUACUCUCAAUGACAAUGAAUUAUGGUGGUCAGGUCAUUUCGAAUACCUGAAAGAGCACGGUUAUAUGAUGCGGCCCAGAUAUCGUCCUGGUUGGAAGCCCUCAUUCAAACCAGGAUUACUCGCAGCUCUGGAUUCUGAAGACGGCCAAAAAAUUCAUCAUCCCUAUGUGAUGGAUGCCCUUCGCAUCUCGGAUUCUUACAUGGUCGCAAUGAAGAAAGUCAACGUUUCUACCGGUGAGGAGAACAUUGCCAGUUUCUUCUCAAACAAAGAACACAAUACAAAUUCUCGCAACCAUUGUAUUCGCGUACUGGAAGUCUUGCCUGUCCCGGGAAACGACGAAGAAAAGAUUUUGGUCAUGCCUUGGGUGCGGGAUGUAAUGGAUCCUCGGUUUCGGACAAUUGGAGAAGCGAUUCAGUUUUUCAAAGAGAUGAUUGAAGGCUUGCAGUAUAUGCACGAGAAUAAUGUGGCGCAUAGGCGCGUUGACUAUUUCAUCAAUAAUAUUCGGGAUUGCGCAAGGAAUAAUAUGGGAAUGGAUGCUAAUUCAAUGUACACUCGUCAGUAUCAUCCCAUCGAACAGAAGAAGAGGUAUAACUGGAGUGGAAGGGCCCUUCAUCACUCUCGUACCCGUUGUCCUCCCAGAUACUACUUUAUCGACUUCGGACGAUCUGAAAUGUACGACCCUUCGGAGCCACGUCCAUUGGAAUAUGCAUUGAAGUCAGGUGGUUAUACUCCUCCGGAGGGUGAUGCAGAUAUUCCGUGCGAUCCUUUCGCCACUGAUGUUUACAUUUUGGGCACCAUGAUACGAGCCUCGCUCCUCGAUGUGAUUCAUGGUUUUGAAUUUCUUAGGCCGCUUGUAAAUGACAUGAUUGCAGACGAUCCUUCUAACCGUCCUACGAUGAAUGAGGUUGCCUCACGUUUCUCCACUAUUGUCGGAAAGUUACGAUGGUGGAAGCUUCGCUCACGAGCAGUCCAGAAAGACGAGUUUCUGACCACACCAUUUCGCGCCCUUUACCAUCUCUUCUGGACAGCUUCGAUGAUGUUGCUGUUAAAGCCUGCUAUACCCUUACCAAAGGAUCUUCAUUGA